UAGAUCUGUCCACCACCUCUCCUUCCUAACUUUCCUGCUACGCAGCGUGUUUCGCACUUGGAUCUUUCGUCGACCAAUGCUUACUUCGUUUACUCACGUCUCUUCUCUCAGGUGCCAGACUUUCAGCUUAGGAGGCGUCUGUAGUUGUCUGGUGUGCAGCAGUCGGGUUGUCCAGUGUCCAGCGUCUGUUAGGCAAGGCCUCAGCUUCAGCAUUCAAGUGUUCUUACUGCAGUGCUUCCACCAUGCACAAGCACAAUACUGCGGCAAACCGCGCAACUGUGCCUGUGCUUGUUGGCCUCUGUCUCCUCUUCCUCGUUCUUCUGGCCGGCCGUUUCAUAUUCGUUGAUCGUGAAGCCUCCAGUGCCAACGAGCUGAAUCUCGAUCUCUCCUCACCUGGGGCCUCCUCUCCGUCGUCUUCGUUAACCUACAUCCAUAAAAAUGUUCGGCGCCGGGUUGGAACUUUUCAAGGCAUCGAAGCUGCUUUCAAGAAUCUCGGAAUCUUACCAACUGACCUCAUCAAGUUUCCAGGGUCAUGCGCCAACAGCAGCACCAACCGGAUUGGAGGACGCGGCCCAGAAGCAGUGCGGACCCUUGUGCUUGACGAGGUCUUCGACGGAGUUAGCCCAUUCGAGGAUUUUCCGUCUGAAGCCGUCCGUCCACUGCUGAAGAAGCGUAUGCGCCUCCGCGGUUGGGGAUCCAACAAUUCUGUUUUCGAAAGGCUCAUUCGGGAGGUCCGACCCCACUUGGUCAUCGAAGUUGGCUCAUUUCUCGGCGCCUCCGCAAUCCACAUGGCUUCUAAGGCUCAGGAGCUGGGUCUCGAUCCCAUCACAAUCCUAUGCCUCGACGACUUCCGCGGCUGGCCUGGCUUCCGCAGCUCCUUCCGCCAGAUUAAGCACGUCAACGGAGACGCUGUGCUGUUGCAGUAUUUCAUGAAGCAUGUUGUUGAAGCCGGUCAGGAGAAGGUGAUCCUACCGCUGCCGUUCUCCACUGCUCAUUCGCUCAAAGCCCUGUGUGACUGGGGAGUGCAGGCAGACCUGGUGGAGGUAGACGCAGGCCAUGACUUCCACUCUGCUUGGCUGGAUAUUAAUCUUGCGUACCGGUUAUUGAGGCCUGGAGGGGUCAUGUUUGGACACGAUUACUUCAGCAAGGCAGACAACUCUGGGGUUAGGAGGGCGAUCACUCUGUUUGCGACGCUCAGAGGAAUGUGGGUGGAGCCAGAUGGGGAGCACUGGAUUCUCCGGCAUGGACCUGCUGCACCUGGUAUGGGCAACGUAGAGAGUGCCGGCUUUUCUGCGUCUGAGCAAGAUGUAUCCAAGGAGGAAGGCGAAAACGUGAACUAGUUGUUUAUCACAAGUUGUAUGCACUUGAUUCUUCAGGUUUUAGAUGCUGAUUUCCUGUGUAUUUUCCCCACUUCAUUAGGCCGCAUUCU